ACCAGAGAUCAUCAAACAACACAAACAUAUCAGUUUCGUAGAUUGCGUGUUUGGCCAACAUCAAUAAGUUUCGGCGACAAAUCUUGUUGGUGUUUGUAACCGUAUGAGAAACUCUUAUAUAAACAUGAUCAAGAACUGAACGUUAACGUUGAUUUGAUAUUUGUUAUACAUUUAUAAACUUGGUAUAAGAUGUCAAACCAAACAACACGGAACCUUCCUCUAUUACUCGAAAUGAAACAAACUGAACUCGUUACACCCGCAAAGCACACUCCUCGUGAAGUCCUAUCCCUUUCUACUUUAGACAGCGAUGUUCUGAAUGAAGACAUGUACGCGACCAUUUAUGUUUACAAAGCCAAUGAACGUAAUAAAAAUGAUCCUGUCCCUCUACUUAGGAAGGCUUUGUCCGAGCUUCUUGUGUAUUACUAUCCACUUUCAGGCAAGCUAGUGAGAAGAGAGAGUGGCCGAAAGCCUCAGCUAGUUUGCCAAGGUGAGGGAGUCCCAUUUGCCGUCGCUACGGCAUCACUAGACCUCAUUUCUCUAGACUAUUUGGAAAAACUUGAUGAUGAAGUUGCUUUGCGCCUUGUGCCUGAAAUUGAAAUUGACUAUGAUACUGAUUUUUGUUAUCAUCCUCUAGCUUUGCAAGUGACCAAGUUUGCUUGCGGAGGAUUUACCAUUGGCACUGCAUUGACGCAUGUUGUGUGUGAUGGAUUCGGUGUGGCUCAGAUCAUCCAUGCUUUAACCGAGUUGGCUACAGGAAAGAGCGAGCCAUCGGUGGUGCCAGUGUGGCAGAGAGAGCGGCUUGUUGGAAAAAUUGAUAAUGAACCGGCCAAAGUACCCGGUGGCCACAUUGCUAGUCUUUUGGCCACCUCACCGUACAUGCCAACUACUGAUCUAGUCACGGAGAUAAUAAACAUCCAGUCUGUGAAUAUAAAGAGGCUAAAAGAUACUCUGAUGAGAGAAUGCGAGUUCCCUGAAGAGUGUUUCACCACUUAUGAAGUACUAAGUUCUUGCAUAUGGAAAGCAAGAUCUAGAGCCCUUAAACUAAACCCUGACGGGAUCACUGUCCUCGCCGUAGCUGUUGGAAUACGACAUGUUUUAGACCCGCCACUUCCUCAAGGAUACUACGGUAACGCCUACAUAGACGUGUACGUCGAGUUAACAGUCAGAGAACUCGAAGAAUCAUCAAUCUCUGACAUCGCCAAACGUGUCAAGAAAGCCAAGAAAACAGCCUACGACAAAGGGUACAUAGAGGAGGAGCUGAGCAACGGCGAGAGACUGAUGAGGGAUGAUGCGAAGUUCGAAGGUGUGAGUGAUGGUGUGUUUUUCUUGACGGAUUGGAGGAAUAUUGGUUGGUUUGGAUCCAUGGAUUUUGGUUGGAAUGAGCCGGUGAAUCUGAGGCCGUUGACUCAGAGGGAGAGUGCAAUGCAUAUAGGGAUGAUCUUGAGACCUUCUAAGUUAGACCCAUCAAUGGAAGGUGGAGUUAAAGUGGUCAUGACGUUACCAAGAGAUGCAAUGGUUAAGUUCAAGUUAAAUAUGGAUGCUAUGAACAAACUUUAGUUCCAU